UACCAAUUAACAAAGAGGACGUAUAAAAAAGGUUAAAGCUAUGUGUUCUCUCUUUCUCCAUUCUUCUCUUCUUAUUUGAGCAAAAAGAAGAGGAGAAGAAAUAGUUACUAAGAAAGUGAGAGUACAUAUAUAGUUAAAGAAAUUAAUAUCAUGGGGUGUUUCCCUUGUUCUGGAGAUGGAGAUGCAUCAAUAAAGAAACCAGAGAAAAAGAUAUUUCAAACAAGUAGUAAUCAUAAAUACAAAAGGGUUGAUCACCCACACCCUAAACAAGUAGAUAAGCCGGUGGCGAGCCAAUUUAAAGUUGUGAAGAAUGAAGAGGCUAAAAUUGCAAAUCGAUCUACGUCUAAGAAAGAUGGGGGUUAUAGUAACAUCCCUCCCGCAGAUGGAAAAAUAGGUGGUGCUAAGGCACAGAGGUUUAAAUUCGAUCAAUUAAUAGCUGCAACAGAAGAUUUCAAGGAAGAUUACUUCUUGGGAGAGGGAGGUUUUGGCAAAGUAUAUAAAGGUCAUUUGGUGGAUACUGGUGAGAUUGUAGCAAUCAAACAACUCGAUCCAAAUGGAUGUCAAGGAGUUAGGGAAUUUGUUGUUGAAGUACAGACACUAAGUAAGGCUGAUCAUUCUAAUCUUGUUAAACUAAUUGGUUGUUGUGCUGAGGGAGAUCAGAGGCUAUUGGUCUACGAGUACAUGUCUCUUGGUUCAUUGGAAGACCAUUUGUUUGACCCCUGGCCAAAUCAAAAACCUCUUGAUUGGAACAUUAGAAUGAAGAUAGCUGCAGGUGCCGCAAGAGGCCUGGAAUAUUUACAUGACAAGAUGACACCUCCUAUUAUUUACCGCGAUCUGAAAUGCUCCAAUAUUCUACUUGGUGAGGGAUUCCACCCCAAGUUAUCUGAUUUUGGUUUGGCUAAAGUGGGUCCUAGUGGAGACAAGACCCAUGUUUCCACCAGAGUGAUGGGCACAUAUGGAUACUGUGCACCAGAUUAUGCUAUGACUGGCCAACUAACAUUCAAGUCCGAUAUCUAUAGUUUUGGGGUUGUUCUUCUGGAGAUAAUCACAGGCAGAAGAGCGAUUGACUAUACAAAAUCUGCUGCUGAGCAAAACCUGGUUUCUUGGGCAAGACCAUUAUUCAAAGACAGGAAGAAAUUCUACAAGAUGGCAGAUCCAGCACUUGAUGGUCACUAUCCAAUUAGGAGCUUAUACCAAGCUCUUGCAAUUGCUGCAAUGUGUGUCCAGGAGCAACCUAAUAUGCGCCCUCCAAUUGUUGAUAUCGUCACUGCUUUGAACUACCUUGCCUCCUUAAAGUAUGAUCCUGAAAUCGAGCCUCCUAUCCGGAAGUCAUACAAAAGUCAAUCUUCUCAGAAAUCUAUAAACGAUGAAGAAACCUGGUAAUGUGGUGAUGGAAACGAUACAACAAAGGUGAGGGGAAAAAAAGAAACUGAAAUACACACCAAUAUAAGUGGUUGUCAACUUUUUUGUGUCACAUAUGUAAAUUACAGGUGCAGCUUUAAAAUCAUAGAUUGGACAUAAUAAAAAAAGCAAUGCCUCUUUUGCA